GGCUGUGCUCUAUGUUUGUCUUCUAAUGAGCGUCAUCGAAACAGUUUUCUUCACGUCCCUCAUCAUACUUUUAGGAUGGUUCUACACACGCAAAAGCACGUCUUUUCCUAUCAUCGUACUUCUUCACUCGUUAUAUUCCCUAUACGCUCUCAUCCAACGCUCACCAAACCUCUUCUCCCGUCUACGUAUCCCUCUUACUCUCCCCGUUGACCGUAUUCGUGCGUUAUUACUAUCAGAAGCUGGAUUUGGAGCAGGAGCAGGAGAUGGUGGACUUGCAGUGUCCAUGCCAAUGCCACCUGAUCUCGAACUUUUACUAAGUCGCCUCAAGACGGAUGAAUCGAGGGGGUGGUUCGUUCGGUUUGGUCAAAGGGCGCUACAGACAUGCGCUCCAUGUACCUCUGCGGGUGAUUAUGCCCUCUUUGUAUUCGCAGGUGCCCUUAUCGCUUAUGUCCGUACUGCUGCGGUGUUGUUGUUGCUUACUUCCAGCGCGAAUGGAAGGGAUAGAUGGAGGGGGUAUGUUUUAGGCGUCUUAGUAUGUGCAGCCCUCGCAGAAGGCUACCUCCUAGUUUCCGUUAGCGCAGCUCCACUCCCAAGAGACGGAACUCGAGUCUUCAUGUGGCAUGACAACAUCCAAUUUACACGCCAAGCGCUCUUCCUUCUUCUCCCAAUCCUUACCCAAUUCCUCCCAGAGAUACAAAAUCCAGGACCACCCAGCAUGUCCCUCGCCCCAGCUCUCGCACACCUCGAGCGUUCUAUCCCUCGAGCACAUUUGUUAAAAUACACACGUGCUGCUGUUAUGCGCGACCCUGAACUGCGCGAACGCGCGGUAAGGUGGUGGACAAGGAAGAAGAGGGAGGGAGAUGCCGGGAGAGAAGAUGAGGCGGUGCAGAGGGCGGCGCUGAAGAUGGGGCUUGGGUUUGCUGAUGCUGAAGGUGGUGGGGAGGGGAAGUUGAGGAUGAGCGCGAGAAUGGCGAUAGAGUCCUUGAAGGGGUUGUUUAUUACCCCUGUGGGUCCUUGAGUGUCGCGAUCACGUUUGAUGCACAGGCGUUCGUGUGGUUUGUGCUAUCGAUUGGCUACAUCACUAGCGUGUAUGAUACGUGACUGCAACGUUUUUUCAAUCCCAUCUUGGUACCAGGCAAAGUAUUGGUAUUGUUGCUUCUUAGCGGGUAGGGUAUAGCACGGGCAUGGGGGUCACGGGUAUGGCGGGUACGGAUACGGUGUCGAGAUGUGUUACCCGUGGCCAUACCGUACCCGUCAGCACGGUGUACGGGUAUGUUCACGGGUAGCUGCGCUAUCUCCGAAUGUUCUCCGCGGUGCUAUAUGUUGGACAUGACAAGGAUUCGCCACUCACUACGAUCCUUAUUUUUCGGAGGGUCGUUGACUGCAACAGUGACCCACUGCUUCGAUCCUAUUUCUCGC